AUGCCGCCUCCCAAGUCAUUAGCCGAGCUAUGCCUCGAAGCUUGUCAGAAGCAUAUAAGCCAACUGACAAGCUUCGGCGAUGGCGACUUUCUGCUACCUCCGCAUUAUGUUCGCGAUUUGCUUUCGAGGAUAUGGGAUCCUGCUCAAUUACGCACGAUCGAGAUCAACUCCCCACAGGUUGCCACUACUGAAGCCUGGCAGCGCCUGAUAGCAAAGGAAUUUCCAGUUGAAAGUCGGGACAAAAAUUACUUCCCCAAAAACCCAACCAAGUGGUACAAAAUUUACGAGAAAUACACAAUGGAGCGUCAACUUUCCCGGCAAGAGGCUGAGGAACAAUUGCGCCGCCAAUUCCAGGGUCUCCAAGACAAGAAGGAAUCUCGUGUCAGCAGGCUUGUUGACGACCCAAAAUUUCUGCCGCGACCUCCAAAGACCGGCCGGACCUUUGGGACAAGUGCGCGUCCUGGCGGGAGAGAUGCACCAAGCACCCUCCGUUUUGGCGGUGGUACUCGCACCAAGAUGAACACUGGCGCCGGCGUGCUACGUAAGGCUCGUCGACAGGCUGCAGAACAUCACCUCAAGCUUGGGGGCGUUUUAGCCAGACCAGUGAGCAGGGCUCCGACAGGCACAGUCAUAAGAGCACCUGUCGGGAUGGUCAACGCUCAUCGAAUCGCCGCUCAGCCAGCAUUCAGAGCCCGUUCUUCACUUCAGCAGAACGCGGCCGACAUUCGGGAAUCCAGCAGGCCCAACCCAAAGGCCAAUUUCAUCUCGGACUCAUCAGAUAACGAACUCUGGAGCGAAGACGAACAGAAUGACGAACAGCCCCGUCAAGACAAACGGGUGAAACCUGAUGUGGCCGCUCGGAGUUACAAAACUCCACAUAUAACGUCCUCAAGCGCCUCUUCACAACCAGCAAAGCGCCCCGGGCUUCUCUCGAAUGCGCCCAAGUCUAAGGCCAAAACAACAACAUCCGCAGAAGAUCAAUCGAAGUCGACAUCAUCCCGCAACACGCGCCAUAGCGACUCGACAGGCGCACAGGCGAAGCCGACGCGCCCAGCUCGGAAUAUCCCAGCACAGAGCCUAGGCAGAGAUGAUCCUCUGCCGGUGAGUGACUCUCGGAAAUCACCGCCGCAGUCACGCUCGAAGGCAACGUCUCCGACCCCUAGUAAUCAGCAGUAUAUCUCUACAGCAACCAAGAAGCGAAAGGCAGUCGAUAUAUUUAUGCCUAAGAAGCGUCGAUAA